AUGGCUACAGCAGAGAAAAUCGUAAUAGCAGCGGGCUCGAUUUUAUCGCAAGACGAGAAUAAAAAUAAAAGUCCCGACACCGAUAUACCUAAUGCGUGUAUGAAGAAAGUAUUGUCGUCGAUAAAGUUGUCUUCGUUGAGCGUACCGGUAUUUACCGGCAAUUAUCAAGAAUGGGCAUCAUUUUAUGAUAUAUUUUUGGCACUAAUAGAUAACAAUAUGUCAUUAAUGGCGAUAGAAAAGUUUUUUUAUUUACGCGAAUCAUUAUCAGGCGAGGCAUUAAGUUCGAUUAAAUGUUUGGAAACAACAGCUAAUAAUUAUACCAUAGCAUGGAAAUCGUUAAUCACAUGUUACAAUAAUAAAAAGGUGUUGGUCCAAGCACAUGUAAAAGCGAUAUAUGAUCUCGAAACGGUGGACGGUGAUUCGGCGAAAAAAUUAAAGCAGUUUACAGAUGCACUGAUUGGACAUAUACGUGAUAGGUUAUGCUGUUAUGCAGAGGCGCUAGGUCAAGAGCCAAUAAAUUGA